UCCCGAGCCUUCUGCAGUCCCGACCCUCCCACUCAGCCCACCACAUACCAACAGCGACACAUCAGCAGCCGCACACGACACAUCAGCAACCACGUCAGCACCUGCCAGCCACCCCGCGUUCCUCGCCAGCGAGGCGGCACGCGUGGCACUGAGCAAGUGGUGCCAGGUGGAGCUCAUGACAGAUGGUGCUGACGUCACUGGCAGAUGCCACCUCCCCCAGUACCUCCUGCUCGCCCGAUCCCUCCUCCUCCCCCCUCUCUUCCCACUCCUCUUCCCCUCCCCUUUCUCCACCUCCCCCUCCCUUUCCUCCUCCUCCUCCUCCUCCUCCUCCUCUCCCUCUAUCAAACCUUCUGAAGCCUUCUCCCCCUCCCUGCUGCCGCCCUCCUGGCCCUGGUGGGCGGCGAGGGUUGUCGUUAUUCACCAGAGGGUGCUACAGGAGCGGUCUCCCUCCCUCCGCGCCCUGCUGCUCCCGUGCACUGUUCACCUGGGAGAGACGCUGGGGAGGAAAGAUGCCGUGAAAUGGGCUUACUUUAGAAAAGAGGAGAAGGAGGUGGAGGCGGAGGGUGGGGAGAAGGAGAGGGGAAAGGAGGGGGAAGGGGAGGAGGAAGUGUGUGUGCGGGUGGCAGCACUAGUGCAUCUGGAGGCUGGGAUGAUGGAGAUGGUCUAUGCACACGUGGACACUGCCAGGUGUGUGUGCCUGACACGUGGACACUGCCAGGUGUGUGCCUGCCACGUGAACACUGCCAGGUGUGUGCCUGCCACGUGGACACUGCCAGGUCGACCCCAAAGCCCAGCUCAUGCUGGCAGCGACAAGAAGCGAUUCCCUGAAGAGAGGAAAUGGGGUGGUGCUAUGCUACAGGCCUUCAUCCCCCCCCCCCUGCAUUCACAUAUGCUCUUCCCAAUUUUCUUCCCAACUCUUCUUCCCACGGGAUGCACACAGGUCGAUCCCAAAGCCCAGCUCGUGCUGGCCGUGACAAGAAGCGAAUCUCCAAAGGAAGGAGGUGGGGCGUUGCUGAGCGACAGGGCAUCAGCCAGGGAUGGGACUUGUGGGGACGGGCAAGGGCAGCAAGGGGAGGAUGGAGAGAAGGGGGAGGGGGGGGAAGCGAAGGCGGAGGAGGAAGGGGAGAGUAUGGAGGAGUUGGAGUGUUUGUUCGAGCCGGAGAGUGACGUGCUUCUGGCACCCCGGCUUGUGGAAGGAGGGGGUGGUGGGGGUGAGAUCGUGGCAAAUGGGGGUGAAAAGGAAGAGAAGCAGAGUGCUGUCAAUGGUGGCACGCGUGGUGUGCUGAGGGGUGUUGAGCAGGCGGCAGUGCUGGCGAUGGCUGUUGAUACUGUGAAGCAAAACGCUGCUGAUGAGCUGAGAGGUGAGUGGGAUGGCCUUUCAGGCGUUGGAGAAGAAGGGUGGGGUUGGGAACGGCGGGGUUUGGGGGGAAGGGAGGGGUAUUGA